GUACAUCACUAUAACCGAUCAACAAAUUUUUUGACGUGUGCGGUGUAUUCGUGGUCGCGAUGUCUGCGUUAAAUAAUUUAUUAGUGUUAGCGACAAUAUCCUGCAUAUUAGUGUUUGUAAACACACAAUCAGUGCAUAGACGAUUUGAAUACAAGUAUUCUUUCAAGCCUCCUUAUUUAGCACAAAAAGAUGGAUCAGUUCCUUUCUGGGAGUAUGGUGGCAAUGCGAUCGCGUCGGGUGAGAGCGUGCGGCUGGCUCCGUCUAUGCGCAGCCAGAAGGGCGCCAUCUGGUCCAAGCACCCGCUGUCGUUUGAUUGGUGGGAGGUGGACGUGAUGUUCAAGGUCACCGGGAGGGGCAGGAUAGGAGCCGACGGGCUGGCAUUCUGGUACACGACGCAACGCGGUGACUACACGGGUGAAGUUUUCGGCUCCUCGGACCGCUGGAACGGGCUGGCGCUCAUCUUCGAUUCCUUUGACAACGACAACAAGCAUAACAACCCAUACAUAAUGGCCGUGCUCAACGAUGGGACGAAGGUGUUUGAUCACAAGAGCGAUGGAUCCACUCAGUUGCUGUCGGGCUGCCUGCGAGACUUCAGAAACAAGCCGUUCCCGACGCGCGCUCGCAUCGAGUACUAUCUCAACACGCUCACUGUAUACUUCCACAACGGCAUGACCAACAACGAAGCGGACUACGAGCUGUGUUUCCGCGCCGAGAAUGUGGUGCUCCCUCGCGGCGGCUACUUCGGGCUGUCGGCCGCCACCGGCGGGCUGGCCGACGACCAUGACGUCAUACACCUGCUGACUACGUCACUGCACACCACGCAGCAACAGGGCGGGCAGCAGAUCAGCGCGGACGAGCAGCAGAAGCUGGACCGCGAGUACCAGGAGUACCAACAGAAGCUCGAGCAGCAGAAGGACCAGUACCGCAAGGACCACCCCGACGAGAUGAAGGACAAGGAGAGUGAAUUCGACGACUGGUUCGAGUCGGACGGCCAGCGCGAGUUCCGACAGAUCUGGCAGGGGGUCAUGGCCUUACAAGACGCACUCCGUGACGUCAACAAGAAGGUCGAUGAGGUGAUCGGCAAACAGACCAACUCGCUGUCCCUCCUCAGCGCAGUAUACAGCCACACACAAGGACAGCCCAUACAGCCCGCCGCGCCCGGCCAGCCGCCUGCGCAGAUGCCGUCGCUGCCGAUCGGGCGGCACGACUGGGACGGGCUGGUGGCCAACAACCAGAUCAUGAUCAACACCAUCGCCGAGCUCAAAGGGUUCAUAAUCGAAGUGGCGCGUAAAUCAGACGCUCUGAUAGCGGCGAGCGGCGGCGCGCCGGCGGCUACGGCGGCGGGUGCCAUCAACCCGCAGUUCCUGAGCGAGAUGAGGGACUCCAUGCACCAGCUCAAACAGUCGGUCGCUGGCGUGGCGCAGAGGAUGUCCAACGCGCCUCAAGUGGUACAACAGCCGCUAUCGUCGUGCCCGGACGUGUCGUGCGUGAGCCUGGCGGGGCUGCUGGUGGUGGUGGCGGCGCAGCUCACGCUCAUGUUCUUCUACGCCGUCUACAAAGAAAGAAAAGAAGCGCAAGCGAAGAAAUUCUUCUGAAGGGAGUGACUGUGUAAAUGAAGCGUCUAUUACUAUACUGCUUGCCCUCUAUGUCACAAAUAUUACAUUAAAUAAUGUUAUUCUUAUCAUGAGAUUGCAAUUUUUACCAAUUU